CCACAGGACAGGGUGUUGCAGCCAGCAGCAGGGCUCAGUGAGGGAAGGAGUCGAACUGUGUGGAGCACCAGGAUUCGCACCAGGCAUCUUGAUGGCAUCUCGUUUAAUCCCCACGACAAUUCUGAGGCACAUGCCACUGUGGGGGAGGGGCUGUUAUUUUUUUUACCCGUGAGGAAACCAAGGCUCAGAGAAGUGAAAGCACUUGGGCAGAUCAUAUGGCUGAAGAUUUAGACCCAGGUCUGCAUGACUGAUACUUGAGGAAGUAUUUCCUGCAGGCGUGUGACACGCAUUAGCUGUCGAUAAAGCUAGUGGAAACCUGGACUGCAUUCUCAGAGGCCUAAUCUCUAGAAUGAAGGAGGUGACUACCUUGCUGCGUAGGGCAGGCACUACCCUUUAAAGCACUGACCUUAAAGAAGAUCACGCCUCUUAAAGAGACCUAGAGCCAGGAGAUGGCUUCGUGGAUUCAGUGAUGGGUUGAUGGAAUUGGAGCCUCUUGGGGAAGAAAUUCACUUUCAUUGCAUGGUUCUUCUGUGCCAGCACUGUGUUGGGCACUUAUGUAUAUAUGGUGAGCUCCUCAUGCUGGCUUCAGGCACUGGCCUGGCCCCCAUGGUGCCCAUCCUGCAGAGCAUAACAGACAAUGCAGAGGACGAGACCUUUGUCACCCUGGUCGGCUGCUUUAAGACCUUUGAGGGCAUCUACCUGAAGACCUUCCUCCAGGAGCAGGCCCGUUUCUGGAACGUCCGAACCUUCUUUGUCCUCAGCCAGGAGACCUCCCUGGAGAAGCUUCCCUGGAGUUACCGGGAGAAGACCCGCUUUGGCCGCUUGGCCCAGGGCCUGAUUGAAGAGCUGGUUGGCUCCUGUCGCAGAAAGCCAUUUGCAUUGGUCUGUGGCUCAGCCGAGUUUACCAAGGACAUGGCCAGGUGCCUGCUAUGCGCAGGCCUGGCCAAGGACUCCUACUUCCUCUUCUAGCCCUGGCCUCCCUUCCAAAGCCCAGGCCCGGGUCCUGCCACUGGAACACUGGAAGAAGCACAGACUGGAGUCAGAAGACAUGGAGUGCAGGCCUGGCCCCACCGCUCACUGGCCGGGUGACCUUAGGUGAAUGUCUUUACCUCUGUGCACCUGCAGUUCUCCCCUACCUCACGAGGUUGCCACCUCCCUCAGGCAGACAUCUUGCUGUGUGGAGGGAAGAUGGGGCUGCAGGAGCCCCAGGGAGGGGGCGUGGGAGUCCGGGAGGACUCCGGGGAGAAAGCCUGGUCCAUGCCAAGCCCCAGGAUGAGUAGAAGCCCGCUGGAGGAGGUGCAGGAGGAGCUUCCCAGGUGCCUCAGAUUGGAGGGCUUUGGGACUCCCAUCCCACCCUGCCCUAGAAAUGCCUGUUCUAAAACCUUUCCCUGGAAGCUGCGUGUCCCUGCUGUGGCCUCAGGGCUGGCUCAGCUGCAUUGCUUGCAGUGUUUAGGGAAUGACCAUAGGGGUAGCUAAGAGCUCUUUGGAGGAGGAACUUGCCUUAUGUACCUCCUGUGCCUCAAGCCUGACACAGCGGUCUCGGGUUCUGCGACCUGAUCACAUUCUCCGGGCAAGGUGGGCCCUGGACUACCUUUAUUUUGUACUGGGUCCCAGGCCUUUCCUGCUGCAAACAGCUUCUCUCUCAGUCUCCCUUCCCUGGCUCAAGAGCCCAGCCCAGAGUCCUUUCCUGAGCAAAAGAGGUACAGAAACAAGCGCCCCUUGCUCCUCUAGGCAGCCAGCUCAGCCCGCCUUCAGCUCCAGAGCCCUGGUGACGGUUGCUAUGGAGAUCUAAAGAUAGAGCAGGAGUCAGGAGACCUGGGUCCCUCUCCCUGCUCUGCCCACUGAGCCGCUGCUGGUUCCACUCCACCCCCACUGCCCUCCCCACCGCGCCCCUCCAUCCUGCGUGGGGCAAGCCCUCCCCUUGGACCCGGCGCUCUGUAAUGAAUCCUGCUUUCCACCACCUGGCCUCCACCGUGCUGCCUCAGCUGGGGCUGGCAGCAGGCGGGAAUACUAAGCCACGAAAUCUCAGAAUCAGAGGACCGUGGAAUCAGAACUUUAUGGUCGUGAAAUCACAGCCCUCCUCACACCAGAAAUUAAAGUUCAGGACUCCAGAAAGCAUCCCGUCUAUUAGACUCAUUGUGCGAACGGGGAAAGCAAGGCCCCGUGAGGCGAAGAGACGUGCCCAAGGUCAAACAGUUUGCCGCAGAGCUGGCAUGA